UUGCGCGAACCAUGGCAGAACCGGACAGUAUCUGCUGACAAACGGGAUGACAAUCUAGAGCACUGGCAUAGCAAAGCCUGUAAAUGUGAUUGUCAAAGAAAUCCAAACUCAGUGUGGUCCAUUGAAACAGACAGUCUAGACUGCAUGCCAGAGUGCCCCUAUCAUAAGCCUCUUGGUUUUGAAUCAACAGCUGUCACUACAGAUCAGAUAAGCUGUUCCAAUCCAGAGCAGUACACUGGGUGGUAUGCUUCAUGGACUGCAAACAAGGCCCGACUUAACGGACAAGGAUUUGGGUGUGCCUGGCUCUCCAAAUACCAAGAUACAAACCAGUGGCUGCAGAUUGACUUGAAGGAAAUUAAAGUUAUUUCAGGAAUAAUUACACAGGGAAGAUGUGAUGCAGAUGAAUGGAUGACAAAAUAUAGUGUGCAAUACAGGACUGAUGAGAAUCUGAACUGGGUUUAUUACAAGGACCAAACAGGAAACAAUCGGAUUUUCUAUGGAAAUUCAGACAGAUCAUCAUCUGUGCAGAACCUUUUGCGCCCACCCAUUGUUUCUCGUUACAUAAAGUUGAUACCCCUUGGCUGGCAUGUGCGCAUUGCUAUCAGGAUGGAGCUGCUGGAAUGCAUGAAUAAAUGUGCUUAAACUUCAGAGUCAUCUGUGAAGAAACAGUUUUUUAAAAACAAAGAUCUUAAUGCAACAAAUAAAUUCACUGACUAUGAGUUCAGUGUCUAUUAAAAUUAUACACCUUAUCCAAUACCUCCUGUGACUUAUAUUCUCUGCAGCUUCAGGAAGCUAAUAUAAUUCUGUAUUUUAAUAAAAUAAAUCAAGAUGGAAUAAAUUGGAACCUGUAUUACAUUUCUGAAUCCAGGAUCUUACCCCUCAGUAAAAGGAAAGCCGUAUAUUUCAGGUCACAUAAAAAAUGGCUUCUACAAAUUGAAAUAUAGAUUUCUUACAAGUUUCCAACUCAAUGCUUUUGUAGGUUCUGGUAGACAUUAUACAAUAUACGUUCUUCAGAGCUUUAGUGUGCAUUCUCUGAAGACAUUCCCCAUUAUGUUACAAUUUUCCAAAUAUAGAGGAACAAAAAUGAGACUGACCAAUGUAGAUCAUCAUUCCAUUCUUAUAUGAGGAACUGGGGUAGCAUUUUAUUGCUGUGCUAUACUGCCAGUAGUCCUGAUUUAGUGAUCACAACUGGGACUGGAAACUCAAUCAUUAUUCAAAACAGUAAUUAAGUGGAACCAAAACUGCUCUUACGAUUUUGCUUCAGCUUUCCUUUGCUUUACAGACUGCAAAGGUUGUA